AUGGCGUCUGCCGGAAAGCCUCCAUUGGAGGAUGCUCGUCGGACGACAGGAUCACCGAAAAUGAAAAGCCGCGAGAAUGCGAAAGACACAUUGUGCCGCAAUGUGACCAUCUAUGGGCGAUGCCGCUAUGAAGACAAAGGUUGUGCUUUCAAUCAUGACCCGUCGAAGCUCAAUGCAAACCAAUCGGACAGCAAGAAGCGAUUCAAUGUCGACUCACCUAGUUUUACCCCAUCCUUGCUGUCUGGGAACGGUGUAUCAGCACCAAAGAAGUCCACCGCUAUAUCUCCGAAAGCUGCCAGUGCGGCUCCUUUUCAACCUCGAACAACAUCAUCACGCUCCAACACGAGUACACCAACAACGCGGUCAGAAGCAGUCCAAGAUUGGGCGGUAGCCGAUGUGCAGGAAUUUGUUCCCCAGGGCUUUGAGCACGUGACACCUCUUCAGGGCAAUGGAAACGGAGGAAUCACCCCUACGGGUGCAUUUGAUCCUUUUGUGACUACCCCAACUCCCAUGACUCCUGGUGGCCCUGUUUCUGCCAAUCCUUACUCUCAUGACCCUACUGGCGCGAUGGGAGGCGCUUUCUUUGCAAACCAAACUGGAUUCCAGCAACCGAUUCAGUACCAUCUUUAUGCCCCAAUUGGCCCUCACAGCCAGAACACAUUGGGAUACCAGCGCAACGUGCAUGAUCUCUUUAUCCCCAAUGACUUGCGAGAAGAACUGCAAAAGAAAUCUGCAGCUACUCUUCAAACUCUACCUAACACCCAACUCCCUGCCCAGGUCGACUACUUCCAUUCCCUUGUCCCUCUGGAUCUCAGUCAUCAGAAGAAUGCUGCGACCUUUGGCUACCCGAGCUGGAUCUACAAGGCCCAGUCUAGCAAAGAUGGCACUUUUUACGCUCUUCGCAGACUUGAGGGUUUCCGCCUCACCAAUGAGAAGGCUAUCCGCUCCGUGCAAGCCUGGAAGCGCGUCUGCAACGCCAGUGUGGUGACCAUUCACGACGCGUUCACUAGCCGCAGCUUCCAAGACAGUUCUUUGAUCUUUGUGACCGACUAUCACCCACUGUCCAAGACACUUGCAGACCAACAUCUGAACGCUGGAACCCGCUUCCCAGGCCGCCACACCAAUGCUCAUAUUCCAGAGCAAGUUCUCUGGGGCUACAUGACCCAGAUCGCCAAUGGGCUCAAGGCGAUUCACGCCAAUGGUCUUGCUGCCCGAGUGCUUGAGCCUAGCAAGGUUUUGCUUACCGCUAAGACACGUGUCCGCAUCAACGCCUGCGCUAUCCUUGAUGUGGUGCAGUUCGAUACCCAGCGGACUAUGGCUGACCUCCAGCGACAAGAUCUAGUCAACUUUGGCCAAAUGAUUCUCACCCUUGGCGCCAACUCGCCCACUGUCAUCCACAACCCCACCAAAGCUAUGGAGCAUUUCACUCGCGCGUACAGCCCUCAGUUGAAGAACUCUGUGUUCUGGCUGUUGAAUGGACUGCAGAAGGAUCAGGAGCGAACCAUCGACACUUUUAUCACUGGCAUCUCAUCCCAGCUGAUGUCGACUUUUGAUUCGGCACUCCACCUGGAUGAUCAGCUGAACUCUGAUCUCGGCCGUGAGUUGGAGAAUGGACGAAUUGUGCGCCUGAUGGGCAAACUCGGCUCCAUCAAUGAACGCCCUGAAUAUGAACUUGACCCGCGCUGGUCGGAGAGCGGGGAACGCUACUUCCUGAAGCUUUUCCGCGAUUAUGUCUUCCACUCGGUUGAUAGCCAAGGUGAACCGGUGGUUGAUCUUGGCCAUAUGCUCACUUGUUUGAACAAGCUCGAUGCAGGAACUGACGAGAAGAUCCAUUUGGUCAGUCGCGACGAGCAGAGUUCCUUCAUUGUCAGCUACAAGGAGGUCAAGAAAGCUCUCGAGUCUUCCUUCCAGGCUCUGAUGAAGCCCGCUAGACGAAUGCACUAG